GUUACGCCGUCUGACACUAUGAAAGAAAAGCAAAAAAACCCAUCUCCAUGGGUCGGCCCCAGCUUGUUGGGGGCCUGUCCAACCCCACCUGCAUACGGACAAUAUAUAUACUGCCUAGCUCUCAGCCUCACGAUAACCCCUCUUUUCCAUCAGACCAUUCUCAAAAUCACAUAUAUUCUCCUUCUGUUGAGUCUACCAAACGCAAGAAACAAUAGAUUCGCGAUGGAUUCCUCUCCAGGUGCCUUCAUUUUGAUUGCUGCCAGUGCUGCCGAGCAAGUAGUGGUAGGGCUGUGUCACUUCAAGUACCAGUACCGGGUCGAAGAGUUCGCCUCGCAGAUUGCAUUCAUCGGCAAUUUUCUCUCCACGGCCGGCAAAGAGGUCAAUGAGAAUCCCAAGUACUUCAAAGAGAGUUUUGACGAGAAGUUUGGUGGAUUCACACAAAAGUGCAAAUCGAAGUUUGAAAUCAUUCUCGCUGCUCUCGAGAAGGCUCGGUCUUACAAGAAAGGGUUCGGUGAUGCGAGAGAAGAUGUAUGUGAGGUUGCGGAACCUCCUAAGAAGCCAUGGGACAGAUUGCAGUGGGGGCUUGGCAUGAAUGACGAGCAGAUUGACAAGUUUGAAGAGGAUGUGCAGGAGCUUGCACAGGGUGCCGGGGUGUUGAUGAGUGUAGUCUCUCUGAUUGUAUUGCAGAAAACCGCUCAAGGGUGAGCGGACUUUGACGACCUAUUUACAGACGAUCUUGCUCACAUUUUAUAGACGAGAUUUGACUCCAUCCGAACGAACACUUCUUACAGAGAUGAAAAAGAAGAUGAAGAAGAUUCUCUGCGGACUAAGGAAUACCGAGAUUGCGUCUCUGAUGUCUUUCAGCCUCCGGGACAACAUCAGAGCUGCAAAUACUGUUCAAAUUACCAAGCAAGAGGACACUGAAAAAGGAAAGAAAGCGGACGAUGCCUCAUCAUCUUCUACCUUGUGUAAUUCGAAAGAAAACCCCACAGAAUGUAAACUCGGUUCAGAUAAGAAACUGUAUGUUGAUGUGCCCAACAAAUUCCAGUAUUCAUCAGACUCACAAAACUUCAGAUCUACUUCAACUGAAAAAACCAACUCGACCGCAAAGGAGACCCCACCGCUUGACGACGAAGUCAUCUUCGAGAUGUAUCGUGCUUACAACGGUCCAUUCAAGCUCAAACGGCAACAAUCAAACUUCCGUCUCUUCGGAAUUUUCCAAAACCUCCCAAGACGAGCACGAAGUGGCACCUCACCUCAACAAAGUCCCUAUUUCCCAGGACGAGAUCAAAGACUUCAUGCGUGACGCCGAAGCAAAAGAACCCAACCUCAAAAGCCAAAUGGUGGGGAAGUUAUUAGGCCUCCCAAGAAUUGUGAACGUGACAAUCUACAGCAUGAUCAACAGCAAAAACGAUACACCAGGUUUCAAACGUUACAAUUGGUCUAUUGAAUGCGUAACCACCCUUGUAGACGCCGAGAAGAAGAAGCCCAGCUUCUGGGUAAGAAAACCAAAGAUGGAUGAUAUUGAUUACAGGCGAUACGCAAUCAUCCUUCGAAGAGAGGAAAACCAACCACUCCGACGACCCCAAGGGCCACCACAACUACAACCCCCAAAGAUAGUUGUCCUCGAUAACAAGAAGAAGAAGUAUGAUUGGGCUACUAAGCCGGUCGUCAAGAUUGAACUUACUCAACAAGAGACCGAGAAUGUAGUCAACGACUUUUUAGCGAGCUUUUCCACGCUUUAUGAUGGUGUUUUGGUGCAGGAUCGUGGAGCCGCGUUGAAGAGUAUUGUGUUGGAUCAGGAGGAUUUGGAUUAUGAUAGUGAUGAUUCUUCAAGUUAUGCUAGUUUGCUUGAUGAUUGAUGAUUGGAGGUUGAGUUCUCUUCUGUUUUUAUUUUUAUGUUUCAUAAGUUAUGACUGAUGAUUUGUUUGUGAUUUAUUUUGGGGAGCAAUUUGUGAGCUUUAUGACAACGAAGAGCGAAGAAAACUUUGAUGUUUUCUUUUAUUUCUUUCUUUGAGGGCUAUUUAUGUGAUAUGUCUCUCAUUUUUGUGGAUCUGG